AUGAUGGAAAUAAUGCUAUUACAUCACGAUCGUCGUCCGUUCUCAGCCGACGAAUCAGAUGAUGGUUUUCGUAUUGUGAAGAACAAGAAAAAACAAAAACAAAUUGUGCGUGAUGACCCUGAAGCAUUAAAUAAUGGUGAAGAAUCUCGUGUUAAUCCAAUUGUACCUAAUCUUGAUGAUAUGGAACUUGAUCAAAAUCAAAUACAUGCUGUUAAUGAUAAUCAACAUCAUUUAUCUUCUUAUAAUUUCGUUAUUACUAACGAAUCAACACGAAAAGUAACAAGUGAUCAAGUUAAACAAAAUUUAAUUGAUCAUUCUAAAAAAAUUCAUCAAUUUGAUGUUCAUGUGAUUAACUGUCGUUCAUCUUCUAAUGUUCUCUCAGCUAAUGAAUAUGAUAUUCUUAUAUAUGUUCUAGGUAAUAAUUAUUAUUAUUUUCCUUCAGCUCCAGCUAUUCCACCACAACUCUGUUUAUUAAUUAAAAAUGUUGAUUUACGUAUUGAUUUUGAUGAAUUCUGUAAUGAUAUUAAAACUAACCAUCCUCACGUUAAAAAUAUAAUUCGAAUGAAAAACAAGUUUCAGAAUGACAUCACGAUGGUUAAACUUGAAUUAACUUCUUCCUCUUCCAUAGAUGAAUUAUUAAAUAAAAAAAGAGUUAUUGUUAAUUAUAUUUCUUAUGAUAUUAUUGAAUAUUUAGCCCCUGCUAAUGUGCUUAUAUGUUCUAAGUGCAUGGCGUUAGGGCAUUUUAAAAAACAAUGCACUCAGGUUAAAGAAACAUGUUGUACAUGCGGUGAACAAGUUGAUGAUAUGAAAAAUCAUAUUUGUUCUAAAAUUGAAAAAUGUGUCCACUGUGAUCAAAAUCAUAAAUCUAGUUCUCUCAAGUGUCCGGUGGUCAAAUCUUUUCGUACUGAAUUAACUCGUAAAAUUCUUCCACUAAAUAAUCAUUCAACACCGGAUACGAACUUAAUGAAUAAAAAUAUUAUUUUUAAUUUAACUAAUUUUCCACCCCCUCCACCACCUAAAUCUUCAACAUUAUCAAUUAAUCCUAUGAUGGUUAAGCUGGAUGAGUUAAUUAAUAAAUUAUCAGAAGUAAAGAAUCAUCUUGCUAAUCUAGAAGCUAAACAUGAUAAAUUUGAACAAUUCAUAUUGGAAAAAAAUUGUAAUGAUGAAAUUGUCACUAAAAAAAUUAAUGAUAUAUUUAAUAACCAUAUGGAUUUAAAGAAAAAUGUUGUACAACAAAGUUUAUAUAUUGAUAGACAUGAAAAUUUAUUUUGUAAAUUGUUAAUUCCUAUGUUUGAAGAUUUAUUUUCAUUUAUUGUGGCACAAAAUUGUGACAAGAGGGGUAAUCCACUUGAUGUGGAUCUUAAAUGUAAACUUAAUCGUUAUUUGGUUCAAAUGAAAAAAGCAAUUGAAGAUAUUAAAGGUGAAGAAAUCUUACGUAUUGUUGGAGUAUAUGCAUCUGAAAUGAAACCUCAUCCAUACACUGAUUUUCCACCUACUGAAUAUGACAAUGUCGAUGAACCUAUUCCUGAAGUAACAUUAGAUGAAUUAGUAUUCACAGUGCAAUCAAAACGUAAAAAGAAAUCUCUUGAUGCUCAUGGCAUAUCAAACUUCAUGUUUAAUUUUCUGGAUUAA